AUGGAUCUGGAGUCCAUUCCGCCCAUCACGGGCGCAUGGGCCGCACUCACGCUCGGCGUGGCGCUGCUCGAACACACGCACCUCGUGUCGUCGUUCCAGCUCUUCUACACGCCGGCGCUCGUGUUUCGCAAGUACCAGGUGUGGCGCCUGCUCACCACGUUCCUCUACUUUGGCCCGCUCGGUCUCGACUUUAUCUUUCACCUCUUCUUCUUCAUGCGCUACUCGCGCAUGCUCGAGGAGAACUCGUUCGGCGGACGCUCCGGCGGAAGGGCGGCGUAUGUGGUGUUGCUGCUCUUCGCCGCGACGUGCCUUCUCAUCUUGUCGCCGCUGACGGCACAGCCGUUUCUAGGAUCGCCUCUCGCGUUCGUGCUCGUCUAUAUCUGGUCCAGACGCAACAGGCAUGUUCGGCUCAGCUUGUUCGGCCUCCUCGUUGUAACUGCGCCGUACCUGCCGUGGAGCCUCGUCAUCUUUGGGUGGCUCCUGCACGGCAGUCUGCGCGCCGUCGUGGGCGAUAUCAGUGGCAUCGCUGUCGGUCACCUGUACUACUUCCUCGUCGAUGUAUGGCCGCGCGAGUUCAGGUCUGGAGGCAGAAACCUACUGGCCACGCCGCGCUUCCUACUGGGCGCGGAUGUGGAGUAUCGCCGGUGCAAAUGCGCUUCUUCUUCUUACACCACCAACUUUGCUCUCGCUACUGCGCGCACUCUUCGAUCCGCCCGUGUUCCGCACAGCAGCGCGCGACAGUGGCCUACCAUGGCGGACAAGCCGAACAAGCUGGCGUUCCUGUCGAUGCAGGCGCCCGCCGGCUACGUCGCCGGUCUGGGUCGUGGCGCCUCGGGCUUCACCACGCGAGCCGACAUUGGUCCCGCCCGUCUGCCUGCCGCCCCCACCACCGGCGGCCCAUCCGCACCGAAAGGCGACGACGACGCCGAUGAUGGAGCAGCAGACAACGACGGUGGCGACGACGACGAAGGCCGCUUCCAGGACCCCGAGAAUGAGACGGGGCUCUUCGCAGGCGCCGUGUACGAGAAGGACGACGAGGAGGCCGACCGGAUCUGGGAGGCCGUCGACGCAAAGAUGGACCAGCGCAGACGCAAGUUCCGCGACGCACGGGAGCGUGAGGAGCGCGAACGGGCGCGUGCUGACAAGCCCCAGGUGCAAGCGCAGUUCGCCGAUCUCAAGCGCGGGCUCAGCAGCGUCACCGAGGACGAGUGGGCUGCGCUUGCUGAUCCGGGCAGCGCGACGGGCAAGCGGCGCAAGGCAGCCGCCAAGCGUGAGGCGCGCAACACGCGAUCGUUCGCCAUCUCGGAUACCAUCCUCGUGGCCAAUCGCGACCGCAACGCUGUCGAGUCGGCGCUCACGCAGGACCAGAUGAACACCGCCGACGGCAUCGCCUCGCUCGCCGAGAUCGGCGAGGCGCGCAACAAGAUCUUCAGCCACCAGCUCGAUCAGGCCUCUUCCUCGUCCAGCAGCGCGCUCUCGGGCACGGCGACAUCGAUUGACCCCAAGGGCUACCUGACGGAGCUCUCGACGAGCGUGAUCAAGACCGACGCCGAGAUCGGCGACAUCGCCAAGGCACGCACGCUGCUCGACUCGGUGAUCAAGACCAACCCGCGCCAUGCGCCCGGCUGGAUCGCUGCGGCGCGCGUCGAGGAAGUCGCGGGCAAGAUGUCGAGCGCACGCAAGAUCAUCAGCCAGGGCUGUGAGCACUGUCCGCGCUCCGAGGAUAUCUGGCUCGAAGCCGCACGUCUCAACACCACGGACAAUGCCAAGGUCAUCCUGGCGCGCUCCAUUCAGCACGUCUCGACCUCGGUCAAUAUCUGGCUCAAGGCGGUCGAGCUCGAGUCGGAUCCCGAGAGCAAGAAGCGCGUGCUGCGCAAGUCGCUCGAAUACAUCCCGCACAGCGUCAAGCUGUGGAAGGAGCUCGUGAAUCUCGAGGAGAAUCCGGAGGAUGCACGCAUUUUGCUGAGCGGCGCGGUGGCUGCGGUGCCGAUGAGCAUUGAGCUGUGGUUGGCGCUGGCGCGGUUGUCGCCGCCCAACGAUGCGAAGAAGGUGCUCAACGAGGCGCGCAAGACGAUCCCCACGUCGCACGAGAUCUGGAUCGCGGCAGCGCGGCUGCUCGAGGAGACCGAGGGCGAUGAGGGUAAGGUGGACAAGACGGUGGGUGCGGCGGUCAAGGCGCUCAAGAAGGCGGGUGUGCAGCUGUCGCGCGAGCAGUGGUUCCAGGAGGCCGAAAGCGUCGAGAACGACGGCAGCCCGCUCACGUGUGCGGCGAUCGUCAAGGCGACCAUCGAGCUGGACUUGGACGAGCAGGAUCGUCGUGCGGUGUGGGUGGAAGAGGCGCAGUCGGCACAAGAGCGCGGGUGCGUCCAAGUGGCACGCACGAUUCUGGCGUAUACGCUGCGCGAGUUUCCCGACCGCCCCGCCAUCUGGCAUAGUGCCGUUGCACUCGAGCAGGCCCACGGUACACGCGAUGCGGUGGAGGCGUUGUUGGAGCGGGCGGUGGCGAGUUGUGCGCAAGCCGAGGAGCUGUGGCUGCUGUAUGCGCGCGAAAAGUCGACGGCGGGUGAUGUCCCCGGCGCGAGGGGGGUGCUCAUCCGUGCAUUCGACGCCAACAUUGGCUCGGAACGCAUCUCGCUCGCUGCAGCCCAGCUCGAGGCGGAUAACGGCCAACUGGUCGCAGCGGGUAAGCUGCUCGAACGAGCUUGUAGUGAGGUGGGUACUGCGCGCGUGUGGAUGAAAAGCGCCCUGCUCGAGCGCGAUCACGGCUCGCCCCAACGUGCUCUGGAGUUGGUGGAUGCUGCGGUGGCCAAGUUCCCCAAACACGAUAAGCUGUACAUGAUGGGCGGCCAACUCAAGCGUACCGUGGCUACGGAUGCUGCACAGGGGAUUCGCGAUGCACGCGAGUACUACGCACGCGGUGUACGCAAUUGCCCCUCCUCAAUCCCGCUCUGGAUUCUAGCGAGUCGGUUGGAGGAGGAAGCCGGGUUGGUGAUCCGCGCACGCGCACUGCUCGAAAAGGCACGUAUGCACGCCCCCUCCUCGGCGAUCUGGUCCGAAUCCAUUGCAGUCGAACACCGUGCCGGCUCCCCCACCCAAGCCCGAACCCUCCUCUCGCGUGCCCUACAAGACCUCCCCUCCUCGGGAGAACUCUGGGCGCUGGCGGUUGCAUUUGAACCUCGCACCGGUCGCAAAACAAAGAUGGCCGAUGCAUUGAAAAAGACCGCCGACGAUUCGCGCGUAAUCACCGUCGUUGCCCAACAGUUCGCGCUGGAAAGCAAGUUCCCCCAGGCAAGAAAGUGGUUCCACCGCGCUGUGGCCGCCGACCCAGACAACGCAGACGCCUGGGCCGCCUGGUACCGCUUCGAAUCCCAACAGGCCAACCAGGACCAAAUCUCCCAACUCCUAGACGCAUUCCUAAAGGCCAACCCCCGCCACGGCACAAUCUGGCAACCCAUCGCCAAAGACCCCGCCAACAAAAGCCUCUCCAAACACCACCUCCUCCGCAAAGCUGCCGCCCAAAUCACCCCGCUUUCCUAA